UUUUGGGUUCUCAUACAAAAAAUCUUACAAGGGGGGGAGGGGGUGUCGAAAAAUCGCUAAAAUGCCCUUACGUAAUUAAUGGACAGCCCCUUAACGAAUUAGUUUGCAACUCCUUAUCUUCAUAAUCCUAAAUUUAUCAACGAGAAUCCACAUCAAAUUUAAUUUACAGAUAACGUUGCAGAUAACUGGUUUUUAUUGCAAACAAAAAAACGAAUAGGCCACUUUCAUAAGUACGUUUGGCAACAAAAAUCAAAUGCAAUGGACCGAUGCGCGUGUUCACUAAUUUGACGUUUGAGUGGUGCCGUGUUUACAGAUAAUGAACUCUUUUUUAUGGCCACCUAGAUAAAAUGGCACCGCUCAAAAGUCAAACGGUUGAAUACGUGCGUAGGUCCAUAUGCCACUCUACUGACAUUUGAGCCAUGCUUUGUUAUCUAGGCGGCUAUGGAAUCGAGUUAAUUUUUAGUAAACACGGCACGGCUUAAACUUCAAAACUGUGUGCACUGCAAGACGGCAGUUGCUGGUGACUUUACUCUUUGGUUGCAUUUCGGACUUGUUGAAUCAUUCGUAAUUUAUUUACUCUUUGUGUGGUCUGCUGGAAAACAUUAAGUUCGAGCUACAUUAAACAAUAUGAAUACGCGAAGGCGACGUCAUUUAUAUUUGUCGGCCGGAUACUAUGGCCAAAAAUACAACAAAAAGACAAAAAGAAAUGCCAUUGAAAGUGCUUCCGGAUCAUGGAUUUGUCCUGAGAAUGAAAACGAGAUGAAUUAUGUUAAUUCUGUACAAGAUGAAUCAACCAUGCAAAAUGUUCCGCACGAUCGUGAAAAUGUUUCAACUGUUUCGGAUGUGAGUGAUUCAGAAAACGAAUCUUUGGAAGAACAACAUAAUAGCGUUUUGAUUAAUGGACCAGAGAAUUUGCCGAAACUGUUCUCCAUACUCAACAAAAAGCAGUUUACUGUUGGGGCCGGCUUGAUAGUUGACGAUGUUCUGUUAAUGGUUAUGAACUAUUACGUACGACACGGCCUAACACAAACUGCUGUAGAAGAUUUGCUGAAAUUGCUUAACACUAUUUCUGGCGUCAAAGUACUUCCAGAGAGUUUUUCAUCAUUCAUUUCACAUUUUGAGUCCGAUCCUUAUAACUCAUCUCGAAUAUACUACUGCAGUAAAUGCCAGUUUGAUUACGGCCCAGCGCCACCGGAAUCAAAUGUUGGAUGCUCUAUCUGCGAAUCUAAGGAGACAGACUUCUUCAUUUCAAUUCCCGUCGAAUCUCAAAUACAACAACUUGUGAUUGAAUAUGAAUCCAAAAUUGAAGAACACCAGCGUUAUAUCGACGAGCAUAACAUUUCUGAUGUGAUGCGCGGCAGGUAUGCCAGGAAAAUUCUUCAGGAGGAAUCACGACCAUGCCUGACCUUGAGUGCCAAUACUGACGGCGCAGCCACUUUCCGAUGCACAACGCAAAAACCACUAUAUCCAUUGUUUGUGACGUUGAACAAUCUUCCUCCAUAUUUACGGUUUUCGAAACACAAUCUAAUUCUUGGCGGUUUGUGGCUUUCCAAUGGUGAACCAAACACCAAUUUAUUGUUCAAGUACUUUUGCAUAGAACUUCAACGAUUAAAGCACGAUGGAAUAACUAUUGGUUCUAAAGUGUAUACCGUGGCAUUGCUGCAAGUCAAUCUGGACUCGGUAGCGAGGUGUAAAGUUCAGAACAUGAAACAAUUCAAUGGAUCAUAUGGCUGCACCUAUUGCCUACACCCCGGAGAAGUUAAAGCUUCAAACAAUUCAAGAUGUUAUCCGUUUCUGAAACACGUUCCAAAAAGAGAAGAUAAACUGACUAGGCAAUUGAUGGACAAAGUAUCCGCGUCAGGCAAGGAGGAGUUAGGAGUCAUGGGAAAAACCGUGUUUACGUUUUUACCGAACUUCGAUGUUAUUGGAUGCUUUCCGCCUGAUUACAUGCAUUCAGUUUUACUUGGCGUUGUAAAACAGCUGUGGAGCUUGUGGACCGAAAGUGAGAAUCAUAGACAACCCUUCUAUAUUGGCAAUCGCUUGAUGGAGAUUGAGCAAAGAGUAUUGGGCUUCCGUCCACCGUCAGUUUUUCCAAGGAAACCGCGACAACUGAAGGAGUACAAAAAAUACAAAGCGAAUGAGUGGGAACCUAUGCUUCUCUAUUACCUGUAUCCGGUGCUGACUGAAAUCCUGCCUCAACACUACAUAAACCAUGUAAUGCUACUGGCAUCAUCCAUUUACCAACUCCUAGAUCCAAAGAUGAAUGACCAGGUGAUAUCCUCUUGUGAAACGAAACUGAACGCGUUUUUACAACAAUUCGAAAAACUGUACGGCAAAGACAACAUGUCCUACAAUGUUCAUUUGCUAGGACAUUUAAGUGAAGCUGUUCGAGAUUACGGAGCGCUUUACAAUUUUUCGUUAUUUCCGUACGAAGCAGGAAAUGGGAUGCUCCAAGGUUUUCGAACGGGAACCAAUAAGCCACUACUUCAAAUCGAACGAAAAUACUAUAUGAACAAGCUGUGCCAUAGGACUACCAUUGGUGUCAAUUCAGUUGUUCGAAAAUGGGUUAACUCCAUGUGGUCGAAAUCAAACACCCAGGUCCAAUUCGAUCCCAAAAUGUUAUAUGUUCUAAAUGAUACCUUCAUAUUCGAUGACGACGUAGAUGCAAGAUCAUUCACCGCUCACAGUAAACUAUAUAUUAAGGGAUUAUGCUUGGGUACUAGAAAAUCAAGCCAAGACUUCAAGUACGAUGACUCGUGGAUCUACAUGAACGAUCAUUUUUAUAAUAUAAUAGAAAUUUUAUGCGAUGCUAAUAAUUCCACUUACAUUGUUGGUCAACAGCUGCGUUGCAAAAAACUGUUCAUUAAUGUUUAUUCGUAUGUUAUGACAGAUAUUUUCAAAGUAAUGACAAUUAACGAUUCUAUUCAGCAGUGUAUGAAUAUGUGUGUAAAAUUUAGCGAUCGAACAGUACAUUAUAUAUCCAAGUGUAAAGUACAAACUCAAGUUGACUGAUCGAUGAUUUUUGAAAAAAUCAUAAAUAAAUAAAAUAGCUGAAAACACAAAGUUAUCAAUAGUUAAAUAAAAAUGUAUCUUUUCCAAACCGAAAGUUAUUACGCUCACAUAUAACACUAAAGUGUAAAUUUGUGGAUAAAAUUUCGAAAUGGUUCGAAACGAAAGGGAUGUGUUUGAACACGUCUUACAAAUCAUCUUCAAUUUUCAUACCACAGUCUCAAAAUUCAAAUAAUGUUGAAUUUGACAUUUUCAACCUCUUAUGAUUUUGUAUAUAUUGUCAAGUCUCGCUAAACCCUCCUUCCUAAAAGCGUGACGUAGUUUAUGAAUGUUUCCCUAAGUAUUUAGGAGUACCACAAAUUUCAUUGUUCACAUAUUUUAUUAUAACUACAUCAUAUAAGGAUUAUAAUAUUGAAUUCACCGAUAAAAUAACUCAUUAAGAACAAAAUAUGUUAUGAUUGCAUAAUUUGUCAUUGGGAUGCUAUUCUAUUAUUGUCUAUAUUUUAUUUGGAGAAGAACUAAUUUAGUCCUGAUUGCAUAUUUUGUUAUUAUUAAGUAUUUUUUUGUUAUUGAAUAAUAACUCAAAAAUAACAAAUUUUACAAUCAUAACACUUUUUGUUCUUGGCGUGUUAUUUAGUGUUAUUUGUGAAUAACAUAAGAAUGGUAAAAUGAGUUAUCAUUGCAAAAUUUGUUAUUAUUUUGUCCUUGGUUUGUUCUUCGCCUCUACCCGCCUCUACCUCGCCUCUCUCAGCUCCCUACAUACCAAGUUUGAGUGAAAAACUUAGGAAAACCCUACAACGGAACAACAUAAUCCUAGCCUCCCGACCACGGAACAAAAUUAAACACAUGGUGUUUAGCCAAAUGAAGGACCCGAUACCACCAGGGAAGCAGACGAAGGUAGUGUACUCGAUACCAUGUGGAACCGACGAUGGAAAAGUGUACAUAGGACAGACGAAACGCAUGCUGGAGGUACGGAUGGCGGAACACCGCAACGACUGCAAAAACCGAAAUCCAAAAUCGGGUUUGGCGGUACACACCAUCGAAGAGGGCCACGUGUUCAACUUCGAGAAAACGACAGUACUGGAGCGCAUCGAACACCCGGAGGUAAGGAUGAUCGCGGAGGUAUUUCAUAUAAAAAAGCAAGGCGAUCAGCAAACAGUGAACCUCCAACGAGAAUGCGGCAAUUUCAACUCCACGUACAACGGACUAUUGGCUCGGCUUCGUGAGGAACCACGAACACGAACGCAGACACGAACGGCGCAAAACACGAACAGUACCGAUAACGAAACGAACGAAGUGCAUGCUGAGUAGGAUGUUCCCCUGGUAGUAUAGUAAGAUAAAAUUAGUUAAUAGUGACAGACCAAGCUGUAAGGUCGCAUUCAGCAUGUUGUAAGUGUCCCCCCUUUUUUUGUAAGAAUUUGACGAAAAUUGUAACUGUCUAAUAAAUGUAUUGUAGGCGUCUGAGGAAGGCUGAAGAAUAGUAGGCUGAAACGCGUAACGUAUAAAACGCUGUUUUAAUACAACCUGUCACCGAGAAAAGCCAAUGCAACCCAAU